CAGUGCAGUCAGGGCUGCAGCCUCAUAAAUACAUGGUUCUCCCUGCGAGCGUCAGGUCGGGUAUUGUUCUCUGAAGGGUCGCGGCGAACUUCACCUUCAAGAGCCAGUGCGUGGCUUCACCGGAGCACCAGGGGGCGACUGGUCAGCUGGAGUCAACGAUCAUGCUCCACUGACUGUUUUAGCAUCUCGCGGCUACAGCGUUCGCUCCGCGGCAGCGGCUCGACGCGGGUCUGUGGGAGCUCGGUGUGGAUGUGCGAUGGCGGGAUCCGGCCGACGCGCAGCGUGGACGAGAACAGUGUGAGCCCACAGAUGGACCCCCUGUGCAACGGAACAAAAGGCGAAGGUGGCGGUUCCAUUUCAGAACCACCAGCCAAGCUGUCUCGAAUGGAACUUAAUGGUGCCGGACCGUCCGCCCAGGACCGGAGCAGGCAAGGGAGCCCUGGAACCAAAAACCCUUGGUUGGCUCAGAAGCACGCAGCAAUGAGACAACAAGCCAAAGGAAGCUUGCUGCCCGUCUUCUGUGUUGUGGAGCACACAGAGAGACUCGCUGAGGGGGAGAGGAGGGAGGAACAAGCGGAGUUCGUGUUGAUCAAGAAGGAUGUCCUUUUUAACCAGCUGAUAGAAAUCGCCCUGCUGACUCUGGGCUACUCUCACAGCUCUGCCGCACAGGCCAAAGGGUUGAUCCAGGUGGGCAGAUGGAACCCAAUGCCGCUCUCUUGUGUAACAGAUGCUCCCGAUGCCACAGUGGCAGACAUGCUGCAGGAUGUUCACCAUGUCAUCACCCUUAAAAUACAGCUUCACAGCUGCCCUAAAUUGGAGGACCUGCCAGCUGAGCAGUGGACUCACGCGACAGUGAGGAACGCUCUGAAGGAGCUUCUGAAGGACAUGAACCAGAGCUCGCUGGCCAAAGAGUGUCCUCUGUCUCAGAGUAUGAUAUCAUCGAUUGUAAACUGCACAUACUAUGCAAAUGUGUCAGCUGGAAAGUGUCAGGAGUUCGGCCGCUGGUACAAACACUUCAAGAAGUCCAAAUGCAAAGAGGCUGAAAACUUCACCGACCCGUCCACACUGAUAACCCCCAUCCAGCAGCCAGUCACUGCCUCCACUGCAGAUCAGAGUCCUGGACUUCACUUCCCUCACGGCGGAGUUCCCAACAUCUGUGCUCGUGCUUCUCUGGGUCUUCACCCGACUCAACCUUUGAACCGACCCCAGCAGCUCAUGAUGGCCCAGGUCCUCAACCAGCAGUACGCUGUUAGCCUCAUGCUAUCAGGUCAAGGCCUUUCCUCCGCUCCACCGCAGUUUCUCAACCACCAUCCUGUAGGGAGGCCCCCAAAAGUCUUCUCCAAAGCUGCUGACCCGCAAGUCCCCCAGCAGUUCGCUCUGUGUGACAGCCCUGCAGCAGGCCCCCAGAACCAGAAAACAGCUUCUAAUCUCGGCCAAGCAGAUGUCCCCGGUGAUAUCUACCACUGUGUCCGCGAGGAGCUGAAGAGGGCCGGCAUUUCCCAAGCCAUCUUUGCCAGAGUGGCCUUCAACCGGACCCAGGGCCUACUUUCUGAAAUUUUGCGCAAGGAGGAAGACCCCAAACAUGCGUCCCAGUCUUUGCUUAUCAACCUGCGCGCCAUGCACAGCUUCCUGCAGCUUCCUGAGGUGGAGCGGGAGAGAAUCUACCAGGUGGAGAAGGAGAGAAGCCUGACUGGGUUCACAUGCACCUCACCACCCAGACCCACCCAGACCAGACUGUCCCCGACAGCGGAGCGGGUUCUGUUGGCUGACAGUUGCGUCCUCAACUCGUCCAUCUACGAGGAGAUCCAGCACGAAAUGAAGCGAGCCAAAGUGUCUCAGGCCUUGUUUGCCAAGGUGUCCGUUUCCAAGAGUCAGGGCUGGUUGUGCGAGCUGCUGCGCUGGAAGGAGGAUCCAUGUCCCGAGAACAGGACCCUGUGGGAUAACCUGUGUAUGAUCCGGCGGUUCCUCAGCCUGCCCCAGGCCGAGCGAGACGCGGCAUACGAACAGGAGAGUCUGUCUCUGACGGCCCAGCACUGCAGCGAGAGGAUUUCCCUGCUGAGUAACGACAACGCUCUGUUUCAACAGGACUCGCUGCUUCACCCACCACAACCCCAUCAACUGCUGAAUCGGGAGGCGGGACCACAUUUGUCGCCACGGCAACCAAGUGCUGCAUCUCCUCCUGGGUCUGACGUGGGCUGGAAAUGGGGAUUCCGAGUGCAAAUGGAGGGCAGGGGGAGAAACGCUGGCGAAAUCGAGAUUAAGUCUGAAGAGGAAGGAGAGGACGCUGUGAUGUUGGGUAACGGCGAAGGAUUUGAUGAGCCUAUGAUGGAGGACACCACUGAAGAGCCACCAAACGACCACAAAGUGGAGGACAGAGUGGGUGACAGAACAAUUGCCUCUUUCAAGAAGGAGUUUGACGAUAAAUGUUCCAAUGUGAAGCAGGAGGAUGGUUUGGGCGCAGGAAGACAAGGAUUCAAAGUCCAGCUCCAUGAUCUUGGGUUGAAAGUGUCUCAAGAGGCUGUGAGGAUCCUGCAGAGCUUCAUCCAGGAUGUGGGUCUGAACCCCGACGACGAGGCCAUUCACACGCUGUCCGCUCAACUGGGCCUGCCCACACAAGCCAUACGCAGCUUCUUCAUUAGCCAAGACCAGGGCCAGUGCUACAGUGCGCUCCAGAAGCACAUGAGAGGAAACCAGAGCUGCGGUUUGGACAACUCCUUGGAGGUCAGAAGGACUCCGAGCCGGGAUGACGCAGAAACAGGCAAAAUCGACUUGAGCUUGAUAGCAACUUUGAAAGGCUCAGAUGUUUGCACCCAGACUAUUUUAGGACUCAAGGAGGAGCAGCAGAGCUACAUCUGACCCUGAAGCAGAGACUCUUUAGCCAUAUGUUUCCUCUGAACUCAUGUGGUUACUCAACACAUCCUCAUUCCUCACGCAAGCAGACAAGUGUUCGAGCUGACGUGGUGACGGACCCAUUUUAGGACGUCUGUUGUCUUAUAUUUUAAAAUGACACCAAAAGAGUGUUACUUCAUCCAUGCUAUUCUUAUAAAGUAGUCACCUGUGUGCAGAUUUCCUUUGUCAUCAUAAGCUCAAAUUGAUGUGAAAAAAAAAUGAAGCAUCCAAAAUAUUGAUUUGAGUUUAUAUGCCCCUCUCUAAUUUCAGCCUUCUGCAUCCAGACUCUCUUUCUGUGUCUGUCCUGUAGCCUUCACAUUUAGGGUUAUACUCUUGUUUACGUCAAUGUAAACAACUGUGUUGCACCUCAAAAAUACCUGACUUGCAGGAGUCCAGAAGUGAAUAAAACUUUUUGCCCUGUCGUCAUUUUUGUUUUUAGAGAUCCAUCUAAUAUGUAAAUAACAUUUUGAAAUAUUUAUUCAAAUAGUCAUGUCGCCUAAACUCCAAAUGCUUAUUACUAUCAAAGCUCAGCAAUUGUGUGCUACUUUUCUAACGUCCAGAGUUUGCUAACAGGACUUUAGCAAGAAGCGAGUGCAACGUUAUGUCUCAUGUUCAAGUCCAGGACGUGCUUUCUGAUCUACCGAAAUAAACUGUAGCAGGUAUUAGCUUUGAAACCUGACAUGUUGUCAGUCCCAGUAGUUUCAUUGUAGGCGACCUAAUAAUGAGAGCUCAUCCCUGUUUAAAUAUGUUUGUGUAACUAUUCCUGCCAAAAAUGCCUUACAGAAGAGUGGCACUGUCCGAAGGUUUUUCUACUGUCCAUGCUAUUGUCUUUUUCUAUGUCUACAGUACAUUUAUGAUAGUGUCCGAGUCAGACCUGGUUCUUUUAUACAAACUCCUCUUUCUUACAUCACAUGUUCGUGAACAGCAACUGGAUCUCCUUUUCCAUAGUUUGUUUGGUAAAUUCUCUACUUGCAUGUGUGUGUAAAUACUGAAAAAUGUAAAACGUGUUAUGUCCAAAAUAUCCUGUGCUUGUCAUAAGAAAUUGUUUUACUGUUAAAAGGUUCAUUACAACAAUAAAGAGCAGCU